AUGCAGCUGACGCUCUGCAGGCUCCGCACACACCAGUGGUGCUUCAUCCUCUCCAAUGUGCUGCUUUUCCACGCGCUGCUCUUCGGGGCGGAUUUACUGGAGCAAUACUUCCUGCGCUCCCUGCCCCUCUCUUACACCGACGCGAAGGCUCUGGAGAUCAGGGAGAGGGCCAGGAAGCUGGAUCUGGAUCCUCUGAAGGCCAACCUCUCUUACAGCAGCAGCAGCGCUGCAGAGACUUGCUCCAGUCGAGAGGUAUUUCUGCUGAUUGUUGUCCACAGCAGCCCAGAGAACGGGACAAGGCGCGACGCGAUCAGGCAGAGCUGGGGCAACGCGACGGGCCCCGGGGGUUACAGCGUGCUCACCCUGUUUGCUGUGGGAAGGGCAGCUUCGGCAAGCACCCAGCUGCAGAUCAGUGAAGAGGCUCAGAAGCACCGAGACAUUAUUGAAGGCAGUUUCAUCGAUUCCCCCCAGACGCAGACACAGAAGAUGCUGAUGAGCGUGGAGUGGACGGUGACUUUCUGUCCCCGUGCCAGGUACGUCCUUCACGCAGCCCAGGAUGUGUUUGUUGGUGUUCCCAGCCUGGCUGGGUACCUGCUGAGCUUAACCCAGCUGGAGGACAUCUACCUCGGCAGGGUGGUUCACCACGGCGUGCCUGACAGGGACCCCCGGAGCCCCGGCUUUGUCCCCAUCCAUCAGUACCCCGAGCAGUUCUACCCGGAUUUCUGCCACGGCAGCGCUUUCCUCAUGUCCCAGGACGUGGCUCGCAAGGUCUACGUGGCGGCCAGGGAGGUGCCGCUGGCCGUGCCCCCCGCUGCCUUUGUAGGAAUCUGUGCUAAAAGAGCUGGCAUCGCUGCCAGGCACAGCUCCCGCUUUGCCGGGGACAAGCACAUCAGCUACAAUCGAUGCUGCUAUAAAUUCAUUUUCACCUCUUCCCACGUGAGAGAGGACGAGCUAUUUAAGGACUGGAAGGAAACGAGCGACGGGGAAGAUUGCUCCUUACUGGAAACCUACUACAGCCUGGUGUCCUGCAAGGUUCUGACCUACAUUGAUAAGUUCAAAGAGUUCAAAUUGGACAGGAUCAAAAAUGAGCUCCUUCAUUUUGUCAAUUAAUGGUUUAACUCCUGCAAAAAGA